UCCUCGAAAUCCGCCUUGGCUUAAAAAUGAAGAUAGCUUCAUCUGUUACAAGAAACAACAUGUUAGCAAUCGUGCUUGUGUGCAUUCUGUGCAUUUGCUCAGAUGCACGUACAGAGAAGCCAACUGAGGAAGCAGCGGUCAUGAAGAAGAGAUACAAAACCUGGCUGAAACAACACAAGAAAACAUACAGGGGCGACGAGGAAUGGAACAUGCGAUUUGGAAUCUACCAGUCUAAUGUUAGGUUCAUAGAAUUCGUAAACGCACAGAAUCUUUCUUACAAACUCACAGACAAUCAGUUUGCAGACAUGACUAACUUUGAGUUCCAGACCACCUACUUGGGUUACAAGAGCCGUAAGCGCCCACGUAAUCAGCAGCAAAGCUACGAAGUUGGUAACUACGCAAUACCGUCUAGCAGAGACUGGAGAAAGAAAGGCGCUGUGACUAAAGUCAAGAAUCAGGGCGCAUGUGGCAGUUGCUGGGCAUUUUCGGCACUAGGAGCAGUAGAAGGACUCAACAAAAUCAAAACGGGGAAAUUGGUAUCAUUGUCCCCCCAAGAGAUUCUCGACUGUAAUUUGGGCAUUGGUGAUCUAGGUUGUCGUAGAGGUUACAUGGAAAAAGUAUAUGAAUUCGCGAUGCUGAAUGGUGGCAUAAGUUCAGAAGAAGAUUACCCAUACAAAGGGAAACAGAGCAUGUGUAACCUAAUCACAGCAAGAAAGAUAGCAGCAAGGAUAACCGGCUAUGUUCGAAUACCUGAAAGGAAUGAGUCGGCCAUACGAGCUGCAGUAGCUCGUCAACCAAUAGCAGUAGCCAUUGAUGCUAGCGCACCCGAGCUUCAGCUGUACUCUAGUGGAAUAUUCACCGGAUCCUGCGGAAAAAAGCUUAACCAUGGGGUUUUGGUAGUGGGCUAUGGCACAGAAAAUGGUGUGAAAUAUUGGAUUGUGAAGAACUCAUGGGGAACUGGUUGGGGUGACAAAGGAUAUAUCAAAAUGAGGCGUGGAACUUCUGAUAAGAGUGGUAUUUGUGGCAUUUCCAUGGAAGCUAGCUACCCCGUCAAAAAAUAACUGAGGCAUCCAGCCGUUUCGGCUGUCGGGUACUCAUAAAUUGAGUCAAUAUCAAUUUAAAUAGAUAUACACGCGCAGAGUAAAGUUCAUGGGUAGAAAUAGCCAUAAUAAUAGUAGCCUUAUAAGAAUUAUAUGUUUAUUCCUAAAUUUAUUCAAACAAUAUUCAAAAUGUAAUUUCUGUGUCUUGCUAUGAAUAUAAGUUAAUGUUUU